CCUACAGCAGGCUGCCGCCACGCCAGCACCCAAUGCAGACCAGUAACACCGCUGCCCGUGAGGCUGAUGCAGACAUUGCAAAGGACACCGGCAGCAAAGAGGCAACAGCAGAGUUUGACGGCGCCGAGAAAGGGCCGGCUGAGUAUGCGGCCGCGGCGUGUGCGGAGUGCAGUGUCAUUUUCCUGCGAGGCCCUCUCUUCUGCGAGUCCAUCGGCCCCGUUUCCGUGCUCUCGUCUGGUUCUGCUGGCAAGUGGCGUGUGAUGGCGGCGGAGGAGGUGGUGGACCAGAUGGAGAGGGCGUUCACCGAUACGACUGCUGCUGCAUCGGCGCACUGGCGGGUGAGGGGGAGUGGAAGGCAUCUGCAAUGAGAAAUUGUUGGUUCGGCUCUCUCUCUCCUUGUGAUAUCGGUCAGGUUGGUUCGCCUGUCUGGAAAGCAGAGGACGGCAUUCUCUACGGUUCGGUGCAUUCGAUGGAUGCAUCAUUCAUCCAUCCAUCCAUCCACUGAUCCAUCCACUGAUUCAUCCAUCCCCGUGUUGUUCGUCAGGUCCUUUGCUGUGCGUUAGCUGUGGUCACGUGUUGGCCUAUUUCACUCUGGCUGGCGUGUCGUCCAAGCACACAUUGCUGCGGCAGGUGCUGUGCGACGAUAAGGGCCUCUCCCUGCAGCCUGUGCGGAGCAUGGCCGAUGGCACCGAUGGCCAGGCCGAUGGGUAUGAGAAGGUACGGACACGCUUGACCGUCCAAUGUAUUCGUUUGCAAGGCUGCUGGCUGCUGGCUGGUGUGUGUGUAGGUGUGUGAGGCCGACAAGGUAGAUGAGAGAAAGACGUCUCCAGGCCAGCCAGGUGACUACUUGCCGAUGAGACUGUCUCGUGCACAGCUGCAUAAAUUGCUUUCCUGUUUCGUCUUCCUGCGUAUAGAUGACGCAUCGCGUGUCGAUACGCCUGCCGUCGACGGUGGUGCUCCGGCUGCAUCGCCCUCCCCCUCCCCCGCAGCUGCAUCGCCGUCCAUGUCUGUGUCUCCUCCCCCCCGCAUUGGCCAACCGAAACCCAUCCCGCUCAAACCGAAGGGGGCCGUCCGCAAGCAGAGGGGACAGAGCACGCCACUCCUGCCUCAGACAUACUCGAUGCCCGUCUCACCUCCGCCCGCACAAAUCCUUCGGUACACACACACAUACGCUGCAUACGCUGUAUACGCUGUGUCUCUGUUGCAUUUGUUCAUGCUCGUUCCUGCAGUCACUCUGGCGGUGUGGGUGCGCCCCGGCACGCUCAACAGAAGAAGCGGUCGAUGCUGUCCCGGCCGAACCACAUGCCCAUCCCCAAGAAAUGCCGCAGCGGUGUGCUGGGGGCGAGCCCACUCGCAUCGCCAUCAGUGCCUGCAACCAGUGGCGAUGUGCGCCAUCAGGUAUCUAUCUCGGCGCCUCAUGGAUGGAUGAAUGGAUCAAGAUGGCCAUUGUGUAUGUGUGUGCGUGUCAGGUGGCUUCUCCGGCGGGCAAGGGUGCUGCGGGAGGGCAGCAGUGAGACUGCGACAUGAGACACCACAUAUUCGUGUGAGGAGAGCGAUUGCAGUGAGGGGUUCAUUUGUGGAGGGUCUGCAGUGACGUGUUUGCUGCCGACGAAUACGUGAAGACAGGAGUCGGACGGACGGGUGGAUCGAUGGAUGUGCGUGGGCCCUUUUGCAUAUGGCGACUGUAUAUAGACAUCGCAUCCAUGGUUA